AUGCUUUCCAGAAUCGUCCGACCCAACCGGGUUGUUCGUGGCCCAGCAUUUCGGCCGACGCCCGUCUUAUCGCGAAUGACCGGCUCCUCUCCACGUCUUCAAGCCCAGGUAGCCGAUAUCAGCAAGGGCAUCGACACGGCUGGCCGCCCUCUCCCGGCCUUCGUCGGUAACCCCAAACCCCAGACGGAGCCGUCUGCUGUCGGAUCGACGAUCGACACCCCGCCGCUAGUUACCCCAGGUGCCGUCAGACUCGAGAACAUUCUCGCAACUCCUGUCACCUUUCAAAUCCAGAGGGAUCGUGAUGAGUUUUGGCGCAAGGUGCCUGUUUGGGCACAUGUAACAGCCAAGGACUUCCUUUCAUAUCGCUGGAGUAUCGCCAACACCGUACAGGGCACAGCCAAGCUCUUCAAGUUCUUGCAAGCCGUAGUCCCAGAGGAGGUGCCUCUGGACAAGCUAGGCAUGCAGAUGCAGUCCCGUGACAAAUUUAUCAAGGACGUUCUCGAUGGUGUGACUGCUGCGACUAUGGCAAUCCGGAUGACACCAUACAUCCUGAGCCGCGUCAACUGGCAAGAUCCUCGCCACGACCCCAUUGUCCGGCAGUUCUUGCCAAUGAAGUCAAUCAUGCUUCCCGAUCACCCAAAGCUCACGCUCGACUCCCUCCACGAGACUGCCGACUCGCCCGUCAAGGGUCUAGUCCAUCGGUACACAGACAAAGCCCUAUUUCUGCCAACUUCGGUUUGUCCCACAUACUGCAUGUUCUGCACCCGCUCUUACGCGGUUGGAGCCGACACCGACACCGUAACAAAGGCAUCUCUGAAGCCGACCCGCCGACGCUGGGAAGAGGCUUUUGCCUACAUCGAGAGCCGACCGGAACUUCAAGAUAUUGUGGUGUCUGGCGGUGACGCGUACUACCUUCAGCCGGAGCAGCUGACCCUCAUCGGCGAGCGCUUGAUUAGCAUGCCCAACAUCAAGCGGUUCCGGUUUGCUUCCAAAGGACUAGCUGUAGCGCCGACCCGGAUUCUGGACGAGUCAGAUGGCUGGGUGAAUGCCCUCAUUGACAUCUCCAACAAGGCCAAGAAGGCCGGAAAGUCGAUGGCGCUACACACCCACUUCAACAAUCCCAACGAAAUUUCGUGGGUCAGCUCCGAUGCCACCCAGAAGCUCUUUGAGAAUGGUGUCAUGGUCCGUAACCAGACCGUCUUGCUUCGCGGCGUCAACGAUGACUACGAGACCAUGUCAACCCUCAUCCGCCAGCUUGCUGACAACAACAUCACUCCGUACUACGUUUAUCAGUGCGAUAUGGUUGAGAGGGUGGAGCAUCUUCGCACGCCCCUCCAAACCAUCUUGGACCUAGAGGCCAAAAUCCGCGGGUCAAUUGCAGGUUUCAUGACCCCCUCCUUUGUCGUUGACCUUCCUGGUGGAGGAGGGAAGCGGCUGGCGUGCUCCCAUCAGAACUACGACCGCAAGACGGGCGUGUCAACCUUCAUGGCUCCCGCUGUCACGAGCCGGGACAAAGCCAACAAGGUCUAUGAGUACUAUGACCCGGUAGAGUAG